AUGGGCGCCGUCGAAACCCUAGAACCUCUUCAACUCUCUGGUGCAUUAGACAGGUUCACUUCCUUUAAUGUCACCCCCACUAUUGGCAGGGAGUUUCCGGAAGCCAGCCUCAAAACAUGGCUACAGUCCCCGGACUCAGAUAUUUUGCUUAGAGACCUUGCAAUCACAGUGUCGCAGCGAGGUGUGGUCUUCUUUCGUAAGCAGGAUGAUAUGGAUGAUAAACUGCUGAAAGAACUAGUACAGCGAAUGGGGGAGCUAACCUGGAAACCCAAAACGUCUGGAUUAUAUAUCCAUCCAUUUUUCAAUGCUGGACUGCCACUGGGUGGUGAUGAUAAUGAGAUUGAUGUUAUAAGCACCGAGCAGAACAGGGUAGUAUUUGAACAUCCGAGGAUGUUUGUCAAGAGACAAACUGCCCGCCAGGAAUGGCAUACGGAUAUUUCACACGAACCCGUGCCGAGUGACUACGCCGUGCUACGCCUUACCGAGUUACCGAAAGGCGGGGGAGGAGAUACACUUUGGGCCUCUGGAUACGAGCUUUACGAUCGUAUAUCAAAACCGUACCAGAAAUUUCUUGAGAGCCUGUCUGUCACCUUCGCAGAACCCAGAUACAACGAAAUUGCCAAAAGACUUAACCACCAGCUAUACACUCAGCUGCGAGGGUCUCCAGAGAACGUAGGGGCCGAGUUUGUAGCAGUUCAUCCUGUGAUUCGAACAAACCCUGUUACCGGAUGGAAAAGUCUAUUUGCUGCUGGCCAUUAUGCUCAACACAUCAAUGGCUUAGAGAAAAGCGAAAGUGAUCACUUGCUGCAGUGGUUCACUCGGUUAAUUACCGAGAAUCAUGACCUGCAGGUGAGAUUUAGAUGGCAUAAUCCGAACGAUGUUGAGCUAUGGGAGUAG